AUGCGUUUCCAGACCGUUGUGGCCGCAUGCUUUGCGACCAGCGCUUUGGCUGUGUCGAACCCUCACAAGCGUGCGCCAAAGAGGAUUUUCACUCCCAGCACGCCCGAGACGCACUCCUUGGCCAAGCGUGCAUCACCGAAAUACCUGACCAAAGAGACAGAGAAGUUCGCUGUAAAUGGUACUGGCGUGCCUCUGGUCGACUUUGAUAUCGGCGAGUCCUAUGCAGGUACAUUGUCAAUCAACAAUAAUGCCAGUAACGAGAAUCAGCUCUUCUUUUGGUUCUUCCCCUCAGACAAUCCAGAUGCUGGAGAUGAGAUCACCAUUUGGCUGAACGGUGGUCCCGGGUGCAGCUCUCUCGACGGCUUGCUCCAAGAACAUGGUCCGUUCCUGUGGCAAUCAGGGACAUACAAGCCGCAGCCAAAUCCCUUCUCCUGGACUAACCUGACCAACAUGGUCUACGUUGACCAGCCGGUCGGGACUGGGUUGUCUCCCGCGGCCAAAAGCGCACCACCCAAGAUCACGAGCGAGGUACAAGUAGCUGAAGACUUUGCCGGAUUCUGGAAGAACUUUAUGACAACAUUCAACAUGACUGGUCGUAAAGUAUACAUUACUGGCGAGUCUUACGCUGGCAUGUACGUUCCAUACAUUGCAAGUCACUUUCUCGACCUGAAUGACACCGACCACUACAAUGUCAAGGGCAUUCAGAUCAAUGAUCCCAGUAUUGGUGUUGACGCGGUGGAGAUUUAUGCUCCCGCAGUAACCCACUUGAACAACUACGCUCCCGUUUUUGCACUUAACGAAUCCUUCAUGACCUCGAUCAACCAGCGCGCCGAAGAAUGUGGCUAUUUCGACUUUAUGGCCGAAGCCCUGACGUUCCCGCCCAAGGGCAAAUUCACUGCUCCAAACGUUACCGCACCGGGUUGCGAAGUGUGGGACGAUAUAGUUACGGCAGCUAUCUACGUCAACCCGUGCUUCAAUCUUUACCACCUCACGGACUUUUGUCCCUUCCUUUGGGAUGAGCUCGGCUUCCCGUCCCUUGGUGAUGGUCCCAACAACUACUUCAACAGAAGCGACGUGCAAAAAGCCCUACACGCCCCUCCCACCGACUACACAAUCUGCGGCGACGACUCCCUCGGUCUCUUGGACCCAGGCGACACCUCGCUCCCGUCCAGCUUCGAAGCUCUUCCAUCUGUAAUAGAACGCACCAACAACGUCAUCGUCGGCAGCGGUCUCCUGGACUACCUCCUCCUCAUGAACGGCACGCUCAUGACCCUCAACAACAUGACGUGGAACGGUCAGCAAGGAUUCACAAAGGACCCGAUGAACAGCGGCGACUUCUUCACCCCCUACAACCCUUCGAUCGGGUUCGUCCUUGAAGAGACUCUGAACCAACCGAUCCCUGCCACCCCCGUGGGCUUAGUCGGCGGUGGUGGGUUGUUGGGCAAGACGCACACGGAGCGUGGUCUGACGUGGGUCACGGUCGAUCUGGCCGGUCACGAAAUCCCGCAGUACGUUCCUGGUGCGUCGUAUAGACAGCUCGAGUUCUUGCUGGGGAGGAUCGACAGCCUGACUCUCAUUGGGAGCUUCACGACGCAGCAUGGAAAUUACACGGGCACUGUGCCGCCUAAUCCGUACUAUGGACCGACGAGUACGGCUGUUGCUUUUAGAGCAUAA